AGCAAUCUAGUUGGAAGUGGUCCUGAUAUCGACAUGAAUAGUAAUCAGCUUGGUCCGAAGAGAUCCUUUGAGCGGGACUGGAAGGAGAUUAGACAGCGCCUCGAGCGGAAAAUCGCCGCUGCUGCUGCACAAGCCAUCUCUGCUAGACCGGGCGGCGGUGAGAUUCGCAAACCAAGAUGGCCUCUGACGCCCCAGAAGCAAAAGGGUCCGAGGACAUACGAGGUGAAGACGGAGGACAAACUUACCAAAAGAGGAGCAAACCCGAGAACUGGCAUGAUCAGCCCAAGUAAUCGUACUGAUAGCUCACGAGAAGACCAUGUUCCGCGACCACGGGCCAGUCAGAAGUGGAAAGUGAAUGGGAAUCAGUGGGUCUGCGUUGACGUCUCCCAGUCGCCAUCUUCGAUAUCAUCUGUGUCGGAAUAUAAACUCAGUAAAACAACAUCAUCUGCUGGAUCGGAGUCAACCGAUACGUCGUCGGAAGGGUGGGGGGAUAGAUUUGUUGUGAACAUGCCAUCCGCCAAAGAACCCAAUCCACCGUCAAUGACGGAUGAGGAAAUCCGCCUGUACCAAGAGAAGAAAGGGAAACUUCAUGCGAAUGAAAUCAAAAGGCAUGAAAUGGAUGCCUCGAAAUCACCAAAGUCCAGCUCGGCUUAUAGGAAUACUCCACAUCCUAAGAAGAUGAACUCGACUCCUGUCCUCCAAAAGGCCAUGACGACGAGCUCUUUUCAAACAGACACAUCACUAUCCGGUUCGUUGAAAAGCGAUGGAUCACGACACUACUACAGCCCAGACGAAGUUGGGCAAACCAGAGUUGGUUCGCUUUCAGAUGAACCGAAAUUGAAACAGAAAGAUUUAUACCACAAGCUCCGAGCAGAAUGCUUCAUGGGAUGUAUGGGAAUGGAUCAAGCGGGAGCAAAGAACCCAGAUGAAGUACUCUUAUUCCCUAACUUAGACGACGAGGAGGAAGAGCGACGCUCACCAUGUCCCGCGCCGAAAUCCCGCAACACCGACGAGGCUUUUCGACGACCGGGUAAAUUGCCAGUGCCACAGGCUUCUAAGAUACCUCAAAUUGCUGGUCAACGGGUCACUAGUAAUCCUCACAAGGUUACGAGCAACAUACCCGUAAUAUCCCGACCGACAGCUCUGACAAUUCCUCCCGCGUUGACAGUGGUACAUGCAACAAGAAUCCCAAAGCCGCCUACUAACGGGAGUCCAGUGGAACGUACUGCUACUCGAAAAGAGGAAGAUGUUUUUAUGAGUGCUUCGAAUGUCCCUCGUGUGGCGCUGAAACCUAUUACGAGAAGUACAAUUCAGCCAUUCCGGACUCGUCCACCGAGAACUUUGGCUCAGAAGGGUUCCACCCUGCGACACAAUAUCACCACACCCGAAAAUGACCCAUUCUUUUCCGAGAAUUCCUCUUCAGAAACAUCUCCAACUGGUCAUCCUCACACUACAGGUGACGAGGAAUACCGUUCAACAUCUAUCUCACCAGAUUCUGAUGGUUCUGCUCACAUCGCCACACAAGAUUUCGCACCUGCCUCAGAUGAUCACCCCUUUUCUGCACCGACAAGUGCUGUUAGCAUGAAAUUAAGUCCAAGCGAUAUCUUUAAAAAUAUCCCUAGGAGAGGGCCACCGCUUGACGAGAUUCAUUCACCAGCGAAAGAAAGAGCACUAAAUGAGCUUCUAGUCAAGAAGCAGCGUGCCAAAAAGGCACCCAGUGUUGCUGAGUUGGACGGUCUCCAGGUCCCUCAACAACUUCCAAGCCCACCGCUCAGCGCGUCGCCAUCUCCACCUCCACGAAGCAAACCAAGAGAGCGAAAGGGCACUCACACCAUCAGAAUGGAAAUCAGGAUGAAAGCAGAAAAGGCACGCCAAGGUGCCGAGGAGGCCAAGUCUGCUUCAAGCCGGUUAACAGCUGCUCGACAACAUGCAGAACGACUCGCAGAAGCCCGUGCUGCGUAUGAUAGGGUAAAGGCACAGAGCGCCGUUAAGGGUAUGAGGCCGCCUAUGGAUGAGUUGCGAGAACAAAAACUCAACACUGAAAGGAUAAACGAGGCUCGUAAAGCAUACAAAGCCGCAAAGGCUAAAGAGCAGACAGAGAACGCAAGUGAGCCACAGAAGCAAGAAGCUGAAGAGAAGCCCAAAAGCACGACCGCUGCUUCUACUUCUGUUCCGCGGAGCAGCAAGCCUUCAGUAGAAGCAAAGCCGGUGCGCAAGUCUCGAAGAACCGGUGCGCAGCGGCGAGCACCUUCUCAAACAGAGAAUAAGUCUCCUGAUGACACUAUUGAUAGCGGCCCGAAGAAAAAAACUGACACCGGAAAUUCGAAGAGAGACUCUAUGCCUGACCUCAGUCCUUCGAUGGGAGUACUGUACCUCUCCCUCAUCAACCUCUUCGAUUUUCUUCACCACAAACAAAUCUACUCUGACGUUCUUCGCUACUCUCAGAAACUCCCACAAAUGGCUCUUCACUGCUUCAAAGUUUGCAAAUCUCUCGCCGAAGCGUGGAUCGAAUUCAAAGAGACCGGAACUCUACCGAAGUCAUGCACAGACGAUUUCGGCAACUUCGCAAAGGAUAUCGGCCAAGCCCUUGUUAAUUUUGCUGUACUAGGACUUGUGCUGAUUGUGGUUGGUAGAGCUGCUGGUUACAUUGUUGUUGUGGCUAGUUGGAUUGUCUGGUUUUGCAAACCUUUUGCAUGGGUUUUUGGAGGAUUCAUUGGUAGUACUAAGUAAUAGCGUUUCCCUUUUUUUUUUUUUAAUAAUAUCUUUUUACGACUUGAGAUGACUAGCUGUGAAGGCAACCAGGUGGCGUAAUGGAUGAAGAACUUGAUGGGUUUGAGCAUUUUUAUUGUCGUUUUAUUCGUUCUUUUGGGGGUAUCAUUCAUGACGGGAUUAUAGGGUUUACUCAACCCGAGUUCAGUGCUGACAUGGAGCGUUUAAAUUACUAGAUAAAGG